GUCAAUUUAUAUUGUCCCGCAAUGCUCUUUACGCGUUAAGCCCCGCUUAUGUACAUUUGAAACCACCGCGUUGCUUUCUAACCCGCGUUUGUCUGUGUUAAACUCGCAUUGAAAUAGUCUAAGCUAUCACUUGACUCUAGCUUGGUCACAUCAUCUUACAAAAACAUUUAAUCUACCCAUCGUCCUAUUCGAGUCUAACGUCACAUAACAUCAUAACGGACGAAAUGUUAUCCACAAUGCCGAUAUUCAAUAUCGACUUCUCGACGCCACACCGGCCUACACGUUCAUCGCCGCUCUCCUCUUCUCCCAUCAGACCGAGCUCUCCACCAUUAUGUUCCCGGGAUCAUAACACGCUCCCUAGACUCGAUACUCAGUCUUCACCUAUAAAAGCACCGCCCUCUAUAUUCAAAUUUGCUUCGCGUAAUGCAAAGCCAAAUCCUCUAAGACAGAACCGAGAAAAUGCGCAAGAGAGCAGGCGGAAUUUGUUUUUGCGAAAUAUACGGAAGCGAGCGGACGACAAGAAGUGGGAGAGAAGAGGAGGCGAUCAAGAGGCCUUGAAGCUUGAGUGGUCCAUGUUAGAUAGGCAGCGACGAGACCAAAAGAACGCCGAUCUUGACGGUAUGGUGUUCGAAGAUGAGAUUGAAGAUAUUGCAGAACUCCAACGCGAAGCAAUGGAUAACCCCGAUGAUAUGAUGAUCGACGCCAUAGCGCAGGAAGAGGAAGAGGAACUGGACGCAAUGCUAUCCAUGUUCGAGGCCCAGACCCAAUCAUCUCAACCACCCAUAGGAGCGGCAUCGCCGGCGAUUUCCGAUGAUGAAGACUAUGACCACCUCUUCAUGGAUUUCUUAUCGCAACAAGAACGGAAUAGUCAAGGCUUUAUAUCUUCAGGACAAAUGGAUAUGUCUUGAAGUUUCAUUGGGUUUAAUGGGUUUAAGGGGUUGCAUCAGUCCACACAGACGGGAGUUCUUCGGCAAGGAUAGGUUUUUCGUUGCGGCGUAUUAGUAUUAGGGGCUCUAUGAUAGGGUAUGGUAGGGUAUGAUAUCACAUCGUCUGUGUACAUGCCAGUUUUGGUUUCUGGCCCCGAGAAGGUCAUGUAUAAACAGUUGAGAAACUAAAUUCCUUGUAUAUUAUCACUGAGGCGCACACGACUCAUCAGGCGCAUCCAGUACUUCCUUGGCUGAUGGCAUAUCUCCAACUAGAUCAUGAGGAGGAGAACCUGCUGCUUGCAUCUAUUGCUCACCAAUUAGUAAAUAACAUAAUGACACAAUCAGACAACUCACCUUUUGCAUCCUGUCGACGAUGU